AUGUCUAACCUUUACUUCGGGCAAUUCGGUAACCGCCAAGCACUCAAGGAGGCCUGGCAUCGGGCCAAGGCCCCGUCAUACCUCAAGAGGGACCCCAAGGGCGCUGUUGAAGCCGCCCUCGGCAUCGCCGACAUGUACGCGGAGCGCGCCAGCCGCGCGCAGGCUCGAAUCCAAGCAUUGGAGCAGGAGAUUCGGUGGUGCCGUGAGGAGAACCCGGACUCGCAGGUGCACGAUCACCCUGCCGAUCCUGUUGACCCGCCCCCUCGCAGUGCGUAUUCUCAGUCCUUCGCGCAGUAUGACAUCCGUGUCCCGGGACCGCGCCAGCGCCGCGAUGACUCGCACGCCGACCGCGACGAACAAUUCCGCGGCUACGCGUUCCGUGAACGCGAUCGCACAGAUGACUUGCCCCGCGGACGCUCGCCAUACCGUCGCGAGCCGUCGUUCGGCCCAUACCGCCACCGCGAAGACAGCCUCGGCCGCCGCGACCAUCGCAGUCGCUCUGGCCCAUUCUAUGGCAACAAGACAUGGCGACGUAGGGAUGACCGAUCCCCCACACCGCGCCCACCAUCGCCCGCGCCACGCCCACCGUCCCCUGCCCGCCCGCCCCCGUUCCAGCACUACCAGCCGCGCACCGACCGCCACUCUCGCCAGCGCGCGCAAAACUGGAAGAACGGCAAGGGCAAACGCCGUGACAACCACACCGGCCCUCUGCCCCCUCAGACGAUGCGCCCCUGGCCACAAUCGGCGGCAUCGGGCCCGUCCCAAACCCCCGUAGACGCGCCCGCCCCCGGCGACGCGCACCCGCCUGCCGGCGCGACCGACCCACAGCCUGGUACAAGCCAAACCCCCGUAUGGGGCGAGUCGACGGCGUCCACCUCCGACUGGGGGUUCGGCUUUGGAUGGGGGGGAGCGGCGGCGGUUGCGACCACCGUCGCGCAUAACCUCACCGUCGACGAUAUAUUCCGACGGAUAACGGAGCAACCGGAGCUGGCCCCGGCGGGAGUAGUAGGCAAGAGCGAGGAGGAGACGAAGCGCCGCAUCCGGGUGUGGAAGUGGCUGGCAUGCAUAGGGUCUCAGCAGACGAACCGUGAGGGAUUCGUCAGUCGCGUACUCUAUCUUCUGCGAACGCGACGCUAUACCGCGUUCGUCGAGGAAAGCGCAUACCCCAUCGAGGAGGAGCACAAGACCACCAGCUAUCUUGGUGGGUAUGAGGCGGAUACCGCCAUUAUGAGGCACUUGGCUGACUGCGGGUUUCCGUCUGAGGGCGAGUGGCUGGACAUGGCCACCCAGCUCGCUGUAGCCCGCGAGCCGCGGCUGCUGCUCCCCCAUGACCCGUUGGCUUGA